AUGGCUGAUGAUGGAUCACCGAAAAUUUAUUCUCAUCCCCCAAGAGAGAGCACUAAGACGCCAACAGAAGCAGACAUUUUCUUUGGGGCUGACACUACCAUUCCUAAAUCAGAAACAACUAUUACUUCUGAGGGAGACCACAUCACUUCCGUGAAUGACUGUACACCAGAUGGUGAUUUCUCAGCUACAGCCAACAAGCUCACACCUACAAAGGAAAAAUUCAAAUUAGAAGAUGAUAUUGAGGCCAGUCUGAAGUCAACCACUCUUCCAGAGAAAGAAAUGACUCCUCCAACUGAAACUACAAACUCCAAACCUAAGGAGUUGAUUACUGAAAAUUUCAUGCCAGUGAAAACUGGAAACAUCUCAUCCCCAGUUGGUACUGUUUCUUUACUAGAUUUUUCCAGUAACAUGACAAAAGAAGACAUCUAUUCACCUACCAUUGACACAGGAGACAAAGAAGUCCUAUCCACUACUGAGCUCUCUGGCACAUUAGAGGAAAGCGCUGUCGAUGCAGAGGACACCUCUGCACUUCCAGAUGAAAACACCAAAACUGAGGUUAGUUCCUCAAUCAGUUCUUUCUUACCUGACAAUGGAGCUGCCCAGGACACUGACUCCUUUAGCCCUGAGUCUGAAAUCUCUCCCCCUACUGAGAAAGAGGUCACCACCAUCCCAGAUAUAACCAAAGUUGCAGAAGAGAACGUAACUGAAAUUGACUUGAUUGUUUCAGAAGAUAGCCCCAAAGCUGUGACUAAAUUAAGUGACUCAGAAGAGGAAAAAUUUAUCACUGUGUUUGAACUUACUAACUCUGCUGAAAAAGCCAAAGAUAUCCCAGAAGAUACUUUAACUGAUGAGGAAUCAGCUGAUGGAGUUGAUACUUGGGUGGAGAAAGAGAAUACAAAUGAGGCAGAGUCCCAUUCUGUUUUGCUUACUGCUGUUGAAUCCAGAUAUGACUUCAUUGUACCUGCCUUAGAAACCGAUAGUGUCUUGCAGGAGCCAGAUGAUAAAACAGAAGGAGAGUUGCCUGAAAAUGAUACAACAGACUUAGUAAAGGAGAUCACAGAGGAGUUUCCUUCAGCGACCUCUGUUGUAGAUACCCCUAAACUCAAGGAGGAUCUUUCUACCACUGACUCCGGCAUCUUCAAACUGCUAAAAGAAGAUCCCGAUGAACUUAUGAUGUAA